AUGGAUUCGUAUAUUCUUUUGGCAGAAGCUGUAACAGAGUUUGAAUCUGAUUACAACGGCAUACCCGCCGCAGAACAAAACAAACAUGGUCUUGCUAUUCAACAAGACGAGUUAAAAGCUUUGUGGGAAAAAACAAAGUCAGCUUACGAUAAGCUUAUCAAUGAGGGAUUGUCUAAGGAUGAUGCUAAGGCCAUAAAAAAGAAGAAUAAGAUUUCCUUUCAAAGCUAUGUUAGGUGCAUGUCUGCUAUUGGUUCUCAGGUUGAAAUUCUAACCAAAGUGAACAAAGAUGCCCAAGCCAAACGCAAUUCAACAAAGUCAAACAAGCAUACAAGCAAAAACGUGAAGUCUUGCUAUGCGAAUACAAACACAGGUGUGUUAUUAGGGACAGCACGCGUCAACAUUUAUCUCAAUGGUACGAACUAUUCCGCUAGAGCACUUAUUGAUUCUGGUUCAGAGUGUUCUUUCAUCACUGAAAGACUAAAACGCAGAAUUCGCCUGCCAUCAAAGCGUAUGCAUGCCCAAGUUUCGGGCAUCACUAAUACAACUACGGCGCAGGUUAAAGAAGCGUGCAACAUCGAAUUGCGGUCUUCUGUUGACCCAUUAUUCCGCUUGAAUACCUCAGUGCUCGUGCUAGCACCACUGACUGGAAAUCUUCCUACUUGCCACAUUAGUGCAGUGACUAAGCAAGCAUUUCCAGAUCUGAUUCUAGCGGAUAAACGAUUUUUCGUCAAUGAACCCGUAGACCUUGUUCUGGGUGGCGACAUAUAUCCACAAAUUAUUCUGAGCGGGCUUAAGAAGAACAUAUUAAACACACUCCUAGCCCAAGAAACAGUAUUUGGCUGGAUAAUAACGGGGCGAACUGAUACCACGAAUCCAGGAACGAAUAUCGUCUCAUACUACAGCGAAGUUAGUCUGGACAAGCAACUGAACAAGAGCCUUAAUGAAGACGACAAGUACUGCGAGGAGCUGUAUCAGAAGACAACCAUACGAAAUAAUGAAGGAAAAUACAUCGUGUCACUACCACUUAGGAAAGAUUUUCCAGGAAAUAUUUCCCUAGGCCCAUCCCUUAAAAGAGCAUGUUCUCAAUUUUACCGGAAUGAGACACGGCUGGCCAAGGAUCCCGUCAUGCAAACGGAAUACAAUAGGGUUCUAGCGGAAUAUGAAACGCUUGGGCAUAUGUCAAAAAUAACAAAUCCCAUACCCGCAGACUCGUCUGAUAAUUAUUUUCUGCCGCACCACGCUGUUAUAAAGGCAGAAAGUACUUCAACAAAAGUACGCGUGGUGUUCAAUGCCUCAAGCCCAACGGCGAAUGGCAACAGCCUAAAUGACGUACUUUUCCCAGGACCAGUACUUCAGGCUGAUCUUCCGAUAUUAAUACUCCGUUGGAGACUAUACAAAUAUGUGUUCAACAGUGACAUCGAGAAGAUGUAUAGGCAAAUUCUGGUACAUAACAACCAUACUAAGUAUCAGAGGAUUAUUUUUCGCACUAACCCGAAUGACCCGAUCAGUCUGUACGAAUUAAAGACUGUCACGUUCGGCAUCAAUUGUGCUCCUUAUCUGGCGAUAAGGACACUUUUACAAUUAGCUGACGAUGUGCAAAGCUCCCAUCCAAUAGCAUCUAACAUACUACGAAAAUGCAUGUAUGUCGACGAUGUAUUGUCUGGUGGACACACUAUCGAUUCAGCAAUAAAAGCCAGAGAUGAGAUAUCGGAAGUGUUGCAAUCAGCCGGUUUUCCACUUCGAAAGUGGACAGCCAAUAGCGAGCAAAUACUUAAUGGCAUACCAAAAACAGAUCUACUUAGCAAAGAUUUUUUGGCAUUUGAAGAUACCAGCGCAGUCAAGGCUCUUGGAAUAAGAUGGAAUGCCCAUACGGAUCUUUUCUAUUUUAUAGCAAGGCCAUUGGAGAAAAGCGAUGCUGUUACGAAAAGAGCGAUACUAUCUGCCAUUGCUAAACUCUUCGAUCCGCUGGGGUGGCUUGCGCCUAUCAUAAUCGUAGCCAAAAUCCUUAUGCAAAAUAUUUGGCUGGAAGGCACAGAUUGGGAUGAGACUGUGUCUUCGACCACUCUAGACCGAUGGCAGAAUUUCACCCAACAUUAUAACGAGAUUGAUAAUAUUCGUAUACCGCGAUGGGUAUACUUUUCUCCAACGGAUGAAAUACAAAUACACGGAUUCUGUGACGCGUCGGAGAAAGCAUAUGCCGCCUCUGUAUAUAUGCGUGUCAAAAGAGAUAGCAAAGUUUUUAUUAACCUGCUUUUGGCAAAAACCAGAGUUGCUCCUGUUAAAACCAUAUCGCUACCCCGACUGGAACUUUGCGGAGCGGUACUAUUGGCGGAAAUAGUUGAUUCAAUAAUCAACAAUCUCAACUUAGGGCAUAUCAACAUACAUCUGUGGACCGAUUCCACAAUUGUUCUCGCUUGGAUUCGCAAGCCUCCGUGUUCAUGGUCAACUUUCGUUGCCCAUAGAAUCACAAAAAUUGUAGAGAAAGUCGGAAACAAGAAUUGGCUGCAUGUGGAUUCGGCAUCAAAUCCAGCAGACUUAGCGAGCAGAGGACUUCCAGCAUAUGAAUUGGUCAACAAUUCGUUGUGGUGGCAGGGACCUUCUUGGUUACAAGAAGAUAACCCAAAAUGGCCCACCCAGGAAACAGACUACAGCACAGUAGUUGAGGAAAAAAGAACAUUUUCCGAGAGCUUUGAGACAACGACACAACGCUUGAUAAAAAUAUAUCAACAGGACUAUUAUAGUGAAGAAUACAGGAAACUUAAAGCAGGAAACUCCAUCGACUCCAAGAGUGAACUCCUACCGCUUAAUCCGUUCAUAGAUAAAGAUGGCAUUAUUAGGGCUGGUUGUCCCGUCUAA